AUGGUGACGAAGAGAAGGACGAGAGUGAGGAUGAAAAGGAAGAUGAGGUGGAAGGGAGUGACAUUUGUUUUAACUGGACAUGGGCAGUGCAAGUUCAUUGUUGUGGACAAAAGUGACAAUAUCAUAAUUUCUCCAAAUUUACUGGCCGAUAAUUUAAAUAAUAAUAUUGCCGUUGAUACUGAUAACAAUUUAACAACUUGUUGCUGUGGUAGACGAUGUAAAGGGAGAAAAGGUUUGCGAAUGCACCAACGAUCGUGCAAAACAUUCAAGGACUUGCAAAAUUCGAGAAAAUCUCCAAAUGAUCCAGAAGCGGAUUCCAAAUUGACGUCAUCUCCGAUGCAACAGAAAGAAUCUCCACCGCCGCCAACAUCACUGCCACCGGCAAACAACAUCACGAACAAUACACCACUCCCAGGGAUAAAACUACCCAAAACAACAACUCAUUGGCUUGAAGCCAAUGCAUAUUUCCACUCUCAGAUAGCAACACUGCCAAACAUUACUGACAUCAAUAACUUCACUACCACUCUACAAACACUAAUAUACAAUUAUUUCGCAUCAAACUACGGCACUCUUAAUCAAAAAUCAAGCUCAAAAACAACACUCGAUAAACCAAUCAACAAACUAAAGUCAGAAUUGAAACAAUUAAAGCUGCUAGGCCGUAACAACCACAAUUUUGACGUCCAAAUUAGCACGCUGAGCAAACAUAUUAGAUCAAAAAUAUCAUCAGCAAAAGCGAUAAAAGCUGGAAAAACAGUCAAUAUCACAAGCCAAUUAAAACAAAAAUUCUGGGCAACGUGUGAAAAAUUACUAAAUCCGACAACCACUCUGUCACCACUGUUUAGCGUCGAAGAAGCCAACAAAUUUUUCAACAAAAUUUUAAAAGACCCAUUUCACAAUAAAUAUCGCCUUCCAAAUUGGAUCGAACCUCUAACGAUCCCUUCAAUUGCCUGA